CGCGCGGUGGCAGCCAGUGAGCGCGGCGGGGGCGGCCGGGCGGGGUUUCCCGGCCAGGUGGGUGCCGGCGAGGAGCGGAGCCGGGCCGGGAAGGGCUGAGCCGGGCCGGGCCGGGGGCCUGCGCUGGCGGCAUGGUGCGGCAGGAGCCUGCCGGGGCGGCGCGGGAGGCCGCCGCUGUCAGCGCCGAGGUGCGGCUGUCCCGGCGUCGCUGGGCCGUGCUGCUGCUCUUCAGCAGCUACUCCCUGUGCAACGCCUUCCAGUGGAUCCAGUACGGCAGCAUCCACAACAUCUUCGUGCGCUUCUACGAUGUGAGCGCCUUCGCCAUCAACUGGCUCUCCAUGAGCUACAUGCUCACCUACAUCCCCCUGCUCUUCCCCGUUGCCUGGCUGCUGGACAGGAGGGGCCUCCGCCUCAUCGCCCUGGCCGGCUCGGCCCUCAACGCCCUGGGCGCCUGGGUGAAGCUGGGCAGCCUGAAGCCGCACCUCUUCCCCGUCACCGUCCUGGGGCAGGUCAUCUGCUCCCUGGCCCAGGUCUUCAUCCUGGGCAUGCCCUCGCGCAUCGCCUCCGUCUGGUUUGGCCCCCGCGAGGUCUCCACCGCCUGCUCCAUUGCUGUCUUCGGCAACCAGCUCGGCAUUGCUGUGGGCUUUCUGGUCCCUCCAGUUCUGGUUCCCAAUGUGGAGGAUGUGGAGAAGCUGGCCUACCACAUCAGCAUCAUGUUCUUCAUGACCGCAGGUGUGGCCACAGCCCUAUUCAUCCUGGUCAUUAUAGUCUUCAAGGAGAAACCCCCACACCCUCCGAGCCGAACUCAGGCCUUGAUCCAGUCAAGACCAACAGAGGAGUAUUCCUACGUGCAAUCAAUCCUCCGUCUGCUCCGCAAUGCCAACUUUUUGCUGCUUAUGGUCACUUACGGUCUGAAUACAGGUUGCUUCUACGCCUUGUCCACUCUGCUGAACAGCAUGGUGAUCUAUCACUACCCAGGGGAGGAGGUGAAUGCUGGCAGGAUUGGACUCACCAUUGUACUGUCGGGGAUGGUUGGGGCUCUGAUCUCCGGCAUCUGGUUGGACAGAACCAAAACCUACAAACAGACAACGCUAGUUGUCUAUAUCAUGUCUUUCAUGGGAAUGAUAGUCUACACCUUCACUCUGAGCUUAGGACACCUCUGGGUGGUCUUUGUGACUGCAGGCAUACUGGGGUUUUUCAUGACAGGAUACCUUCCCCUGGGCUUUGAGUUUGCUGCAGAGUUGACAUACCCAGAAUCGGAAGGAACAUCAUCAGGGCUCCUUAAUGUCUCAGCACAGAUUUUUGGUAUUGCCUUCACCAUUGGCCAAGGGCAAAUCAUGGAUCACUUUGGGCCGAGUGAAGGAAACCUCCUUCUUUGUUCCUUCCUGUUCCUGGGGACCAUUAUGACAGCAUUCAUUAAGGCUGAUCUCCGAAGACAGCAGGCCAAUUUGGAUAAUGAACAGACGAGACUCCAAGGCAGCAAUCAGCUCACGGAUUACGGGACUGUAGCUUGUAACCCUAACCCCAUCAAUUCCCAUUCCUGCUCACUAGCUCAUACACAAAGUGGGGAUGUGAACCUCUGUCCUGUGUACCUCUGACUCCUGCCUCAGAUGUCAAGUCUUGCCCCACAAAAGUGAUGCCAGAAGCACACACUGAUCCCAUAGUCCUUGAGGAAUCAAAGCUAUGAAAUGGAGAGGCGGCAGAGCUGGGAGAUGCAAGCCCCCUCAUUCCCAUCUUUGCUACCUACACCGUCCUGUUACAUGCACACCAUGGCAGAGGGGGCAGCCUCAGGACAGGCGCCCAGUGAACUGCUUGUGGAGGGAGGGUGUGAAAGAGCAAAACAAGGAGAGAGUUGCACUCUUUAGUUAUUACCUCUGCAUCUUGCUGUUUUGGAGACUUCGCUGCUUGGGAGGAAAAGUUGGGAAAAUCCACUGCUUCCCCCCCCACCCCACCAUGUACACUUGAAAAAGAGAAAGAGCACAGGCUGGGAAAAGCCAUAGUUCCAGGCUAGCCUUGAGCGCAUGAGGGUGGCACCCUGCACGUGGCUGUGUCUCCUCUCACAGGCAAGCUGUGACAUGAAAUGCAGAAGCUGGACCACACUUGCUCUGUGAACAGCCCUGGAAGAGUUUUCAGCUGGCUUUCUGCCUUCGUGCCCGUGAUGCUCUGUUGUUGCACACGUGAUGGUAGAGGCCUCGGCACAUCACCAGCAAGUACAAAGCAGUGCAUCUGCCACUGCCAGCUCUGGUUUUAUUAUGGGGCUUUCCCAGAUGAAGCACUCUUAGUCUCUGGAUAAACCUCUGCUCAGAAUUCACUGAGGUUGCCCUGAUAUUCCUAUAUAUUAGGAGUAAUCGGGAGAUACCAAUAUGCUUCCUUCUGCCUAGAGGCAUGGACUAGUUCUUUAGCUUAUGUCAAAGCUGCAGCCUAAGCCCAGCCCCUCGGUACACCAGCAAUAGGAGUCAGACCACAAGCUCCCUGGGCUUAGGACUGUGUUUUCCUCCUUAAUGAUGAAGUGCCUUUUGUGUGUUUCAAUAUUACGUAAAUUUUUUUGUGAAGUGUUAUAUUGAGAUAACUGGGCCAGGGCUCUGGUGUUCUUCACAGCCACAGAGCAGGGUUUGAGUAUGAUGGGAAUCCAGAUCGGCUCCACUGUGGAAGCUUAAUAGAGAACAGGAGAAGCCCUCUUACUGGCAUUUGUGUCUCAUAGACACUGCCCCUCUGUAUGCUGCUGUUUAUCUUCUAAACACAAAUACAGACCCUGAAAUCCCUUCUUCUUCCUUUCUAGCAUCCCUCUGCUGGUGGAUACAGCAAGUGUCCUUGUACUCCUCAAAUCAUGUGUGUGUCAUUUGAGGGGACAGACACCAAAACCACAACCAGGUGGCAAUGGACAAAAGUAGUCCUCUGACACACCAUUUUUUUACAAAUCAUUUUCUGGGUGAAAUUGAACAGUCUUUUGACACAUUAAAAAAUUCAAUUCCUAUCUGUGAUAGCUUGGGAUUGAGGAUGGGGGUCUAAAAUGGCUUUUCAAUACAAGGUUUUAUAUAAAAUAAAAAUAUUUGAACUGUACAAUGAAA